AUGUUCUCUUCAGGCAGGUUUGGGUUUCAGAAGCCUGCAUCCACUAGCAGUCAGAGCAUCCAGAAGGUAACACAGUCCAGCAAUUGUACUCUUGAGGAGGCUAUAGGUAAAGUGGCAGAGUCUGAUACCAGUGAUGAUGAUGGGGAUCAGGGCAGAAUUGACAGCAAUGAUGAACAAAUGGAUGGGGUUCAACAGAUGCCAAAGGACACAAGCAAUAUCACCAUGUUUGGCCAGCAUGAAGGGAAUUUAAGUGAUGAGCAUGAAAAUGGAACUCAGGAUGAUCUUAAUCCUGACAAUCUCAAUCCUGACAAUUUUAGUCUGGACAAUUUUAAUCCAGGUAAUGAUGAAGAUUUUAAUAACCAGUCCAACACUCCAGAGAAAGACUUUGAUGGUGAUUCUAAUGAUGAAGCUGAGGACAAAACAGAGGAAAGUGAAGUUUUUGAUGUGCUCGAGCAUCAUCAAGUGAAGAAUGGAUGGCGUUCUCCUCUCAAGGACACUCUUUGUCAAAGCCUGCUUAUUGGUCAGAUCAUGCAAGAUUACCUGUUCAUUCAUGCUCUCAUAGUGCUACACCUGACAAACCUGAUUCAUACAGAAAGCAUUGAGAUGCACUACAACUUGCCCAAGAAGUCAUCAACAUUGAAUUGUGAAUAUACCACAAGAACAAGAUUAUAUUGGAUAAUGUACCAGACACAAAUGGCAUGGCUGCUCUGUGAUGACUUAUUUACAUUCCGCACACAGCUGAAGAAAGUCAUUGUAUCCAUCAUGAAAACAUCCUAUGGCAUCUUCCCAAAGGGCACUGUGGCAUGCAAGGAGAUGCAAAAAUGUGUCACUGUGAAUGCCACUAAGCUACUAAAGACCACUCUCAAGGAUAGCUGCCUCGAAUUCUACUACAGCAAUAGCAAGAAGGCCCUCAAGAACACAGAAGAAUUUCAAUGUUCAAUACCUGUCAAUGGGCUGCUUCUUGUGGCUGUGAUGAUAAAGGGUGUCAUCACUGGAUUUCAUGAGACCAGCACUGACAAAGUCCCUGACCUCUCCACAGAUAAAUGUAGGGCCAACUUCAACUCAUUGCAAGAGUCAGUAGACAACCUCAUUGGUAAUCCUGAACAUGGUAAGGACCUUAAAGAGAUGCUGGAGGAGUGGGCUAUGAUUGGGAUGGGUGACUGUUAUUUUGAUGAUGACAAUGUGGGAGGCAGUGAUAUGGAGGAUGUCAAUGUCAUCUUAUAA